UUGUGUUUAUUCCCAAGGGAGGUAGACCCUUAACCAAGUGACUUUCGACCGAAAUGCCUUACUUCUUUCUUUCUCAAGGUUCUGGAAAGACUUCUAGACUCGCAGAUCCGACAGGAAAUUGAUGUAAAUAAUAUCUCUAGCUGUCAGCACGCCUACUGGAAAGGUAGAUGCUGUGGAUACAGCUUUGCAUAGUAUUGUCAGCACCAUUGAAAAGGCUCUCGCUUUUAAGGAAUUUGCACUAGGCGUGUUCCUAGAUAUCGAUGGUGCCUUCAAUAAUGUUCUCCCGGGAGCGGUUCUUCAAGCCCUAACUCGCCUUGGGCUGGAUCACCCUAUGGUCGAGUUUGUUCAUCGCCUCUUAGGCAGUAGAGCUAUUUAUUUGGAGAUGGGGGAGGUAUCCAUAACAAGAUAUGCGAAUCGCGGAACCCCACAAGGCGGUGUUCUCUCCCCACUUCUUUGGAAUCUAACGAUGGAUACCCUGCUGUCACGGUUGCAAGGUACAGGUUGCCAAGUCAUUGCCUACGCGGAUGGUCUUGCCCUGACGUCAAUUGGUAAGCCCCCCCCCCGUUCUAUGUGACUUACUUCGAGGCGCCUUACACGUCGUGGAUACCUGGUACAAAGAAGUAGGACCUAGUGUCAAUCCGGCAAAAACGGCCAUGGUUCCGUUUUCAAAGAAAACGAAAGCUGUCCGGCUACAACCUCCUUCCUUGAACGGUAUCGCACUGACUUUCUCGGAGGAGGUUAGAUAUCUGGGCGUUAUUCUUGACAAAAAGUUAACUUGGCGGCGCAAUAUAGAAGAGCGCUGCAAGAAAGCUAUAACUGCUAUGUAUGCCUUUAAAUCGGCGAUUGGGUAAAAAUGGGGAUUGAAGCCUCACAUUGUGAACUGGAUGUACACAGCGGUUGUGCGUCCCAUUCUAUCCGUCCGUAGAUAAAUCUACAAUAAGAAACAAACUAACAGCGGUCCAAAGGAUGGCGUGCAUGAUGAUCACAGGAGCGUUACCAUCGACGCCUACUAAAGCCCUAGAGACCUUGCUUCACUUGCUACCUGUGGACCUAUAUGGUAAACUACAGGCAAGCUGUAAUGCUAUUAGAUUAAAUGCGCUAAUCAAAUGGAGUGACACGAGGUUUGGUCACUCUAGAAUUUUGGAAGAUCUUCCAGAGGACUUUAGGCGCCUGGACUACACUACGGGACAUUUCCAGACAAGGAUCCCCUCAAAGGAAGAAUGGGAGGAGGAUUCGGUCCUAAUAUCGUAUUCUGACUCAACAGCCAUCUACACUGAUGGCUCCAAGUUGGAUAUGAAGGUAGGAAGUGGGGUAUACUCGCAAGAACUCUCACUUAGCCUCAGUUUUCGUCUGCCAGAUCUAUGCAGCGUUUUUCAGGCUAAACUAACAGCAAUAAAUGAAGCUGCAAGUUGGUUGAUCGAUUCUCUAAUUAAUCUGAAGGCGGUUACAAUAUUUUCUGUACGGCGGAUGAACUAGCAAGGGAAGGAACCUUGUUGUCUGCAAUCAGUACAGCCCGUAAUGCGGGCAUUCCGCUAUCUUCUUGCAAGCUCUGGCUGGAAAAUAACUUUGUCGGACGGGCUAAUAUAAGAUGGUCUGCGGAGCCUACUUGCAGGAUAGCAAGUUAUAUCUGGCCUAAGCUUGACAAGCAUAGAUCUCGCCCUUUCCCCCACUUGGAGCGACCACUGCUGCGGCAUGUUAUUGGAGUUCAAACGACUACUGUCGUAGCUGCCGCGAUGAGGAGGAAGUCGAAAGCGUGGAGUAUUACUUAUGCCGCUGUCCUGCUCUGGCGAGAGCUCGCCAACGCUCGUUCCUCCAUUAUUCUUUUGAAUGUCUCACCGAACUGGAUUCAGCCAGCGUCUAUGACUUUGUGCGCUUCAUCAGAGCUACGAAGUGGUUCCAUUACUAGGGUAAGAGGAGGGACAUAUGGAGUCUCUUGUACGGCACCACAACGGGCCCAUGGUGGCCUAAGUGUGCCCCUUUUCCUGUAGGAUUAGGGCAGCCGAGUGUGUGGCCGUCUGAUAUCAUUGUGCGGCCAUUUGGAUUUUUUCAACCAGAAGCUAACCAAGGAAGUUCCAAAUAGUGUUAUACGGUCUAAUGCUGAAUAUACAUGCAAAAAUCUGAAUAUAUACUUCCAGAAAAUGGGUGGAAUGCGCAGAAACGCUAAAGUCUUUCUUUGUUCUUCACGUAUGGAUUAUGACCAGGGAACGGAUUUUAUGGAAAUUGCCUUUUUUUCUGCUAAAGAUAU